UGUCGCGCUGGUCGGGCGUAUCUGUCAAAUAUUGUAAAAAAAAACUUUUUUAGUGUUUAUAACAAGAUUACGAAGUGUUUAACGUCGAAAAUGACUCUAAUAAGCGUAAAAACAACUGUUAUAUAUGUAUAGCGCGUUGUAAGAGAUUCGUGUGUGUCAAAAUGUCUUCCAAAGUGUUUGUAUUGUUGGUUGUGUGCGGUGUUGUGUCAGCUAAUCCCGAUGCAAAGAGGCUGUAUGACGAUCUUCUGAGCAAUUAUAACAGACUGAUUCGGCCUGUCGAUAAGAAUAAUAACACUGUGCUUGUCAAAUUGGGGCUACGUUUGUCGCAGCUAAUUGACCUGAAUCUAAAGGACCAGAUCCUGACUACGAACGUUUGGCUCGAACAUGAAUGGGAGGACCACAAAUUUAAAUGGGACCCCCUGGAAUACGGCGGUGUGAAAGAACUUUAUGUGCCCUCCGAGCACAUUUGGCUUCCGGAUAUCGUUCUGUAUAACAAUGCCGACGGAGAGUACGUAGUGACAACGAUGACCAAAGCAGUUCUCCACCACACCGGAAAAGUUCUGUGGACUCCGCCCGCCAUCUUCAAGUCUUCCUGUGAGAUCGACGUGCGGUACUUCCCGUUUGACCAGCAAACUUGCUUCCUCAAAUUUGGAUCCUGGAGCUAUGAUGGAGAUCAGAUCGAUUUGAAGCACAUAAACCAGAAGAAGGGAGACAUGGUGGAGGUGGGUAUAGACCUGCGUGAAUACUACCCCUCAGUGGAGUGGGACAUCCUCGGGGUGCCGGCCGAGCGCCACGAGAGGUACUACCCCUGCUGCCAGGAGCCAUACCCGGAUAUUUUCUUCAACAUCACCUUGCGAAGGAAAACCUUAUUCUACACAGUGAACCUCAUAGUCCCUUGCGUUGGCAUAUCAUAUCUGUCUGUCCUUGUAUUUUACUUACCAGCUGACUCCGGCGAAAAGAUCGCUUUGAGCAUAUCCAUCCUGCUUUCGCAAACCAUGUUCUUCCUCCUAAUUUCGGAGAUCAUUCCUUCAACAUCCCUAGCUUUGCCGUUACUGGGAAAAUAUCUCCUAUUCACAAUGUUACUUGUUGGUCUCUCUGUUGUUAUAACCAUUGUGAUACUCAACGUACAUUAUAGAAAACCCAGUACCCACCAAAUGGCGCCUUGGGUUAGGAAAUUCUUUAUAACCAAAUUGCCGAAGUUGCUGUUAAUGAGAGUGCCAAAGGAUUUGUUGAGAGACUUGGCAGCGCAGAAGAUAGCCGGGAGGAGUAUGAAGAAGAAUAAAUUUAAAGAUGCUUUGGCUGCGGAUCAGACCAAUUCGAACGCCUCAAGCCCUGACUCCUUGCGUCAUCAUCUACCUGGUGGAUGUAAUGGCUUACACUCAACUACAGCUACUAACAGGUUCAGCGGUCUAGUCGGAGCGCUGGGCAGCCUCGGCGCAGGGUACAACGGACUGCCUUCAGUCAUGUCCGGGUUGGACGACUCUCUCAGUGACAUCACCCCUCGCAAGAAGUACCCGUUCGAGCUGGAGAAGGCCAUCCACAACGUCAUGUUCAUACAGCACCAUAUGCAACGGCAGGAUGAGUUCAAUGCGGAAGACCAGGACUGGGGCUUCGUGGCCAUGGUGCUGGACCGUCUGUUUCUCUGGAUCUUCACCAUCGCCUCCAUCGUGGGCACUUUCGCCAUACUGUGCGAAGCGCCCUCUCUUUAUGACGACACCAAGCCCAUUGACAUGGUGCUCUCAUCUGUAGCACAACAGCAGUUCUUGCCCGUGGACAGCGGAGACUCUUAAACUAAAUUUGUCAUAGAUUGUCUUCAGAUGAACCGAAUAUGUUCAUGUCUGGACUUAGGUCUUAGGUACUUCUAUGGCAUGGCGUUCUAUGUAGAAAGUCAAGUGCGCAUCGUAUAUAUCGGACGCAUCGCAUCAAACGGAUUUUAAAUUUUAUUGGAUCAGUGGACGCACUUGUAUGAGUUUCUAUACAAAGAAUACUAAAAUCCGUUUGAAGCUAUGCGUCCGAUACGUACCUACGAUAUGGAUUUGUGGACGCUAUCCAUUAAGCACCACUUUGCACAGAAAUUAUAGCUUUUCAACUUCGUUCGUAACACUCCCGAUGGUCCACGCGGGCCGGGGGGCGUGUAGCGAUCAACGAAAAACCCACGACUUACUAUUCCCCCGUCGCCCGCAUAUCAUGGGAGUGUCAUCAACGAACUUGCCAGAUUAUAGAAAUGUCACCACGGUUGUUUGAAAUUACAACCACAGACAGGGACUGUCUGUCUUUCUAGGUACUUUUCUAUUUACUCCAACACCUGUUAUAUAAAAACAGUGUUAUUUAGGUAGGUAUUCGUAUAUAACUUUUUUUUAAUCAGUCUCAAACAGAACACUGAAUCUCCAUUUUUGAAGUUAGAAAUAAUAGAAAUAGAUAUAAGUUUAUUUCGUCAAAUAACUAUAACACAAGAAGUACACACAGAAAAUAAAAGAAACUUAUAUGACAUAUGACAUUGUGCACUGUUUAGUGAAAUACUGUGUUGCAGCUAUUAACGCACAUCUCUGGAGAUACAAUCUUAGGGUGGCCGCUCACUGACAAUUUUUAGUUGGCCGAUAGUUGGACGACUUUUUAAUUUUACGUGAUUUAGUUGGACGAUUUAGUUGGACAGAUGUGCGGGCUGUCAUACAUCGCUAUACCUGUUCUAUACUCGGCCGAUUAAGUCGGCCAACUAUAAGUUGUAAGUGAGCGGGGUCUCUUACACAUUAGUACAGAAUUUUUUAUUUCUUUUUUUAAUUGUUAGUCUUUAUAAUUAAAUAAAAACAGCAUAGUUAAAAGAAUAAUUAUAACAUAGUUAAAAGAAUAAUUAUAACAAGAGCCGUGAUAGCCCAGUGGAUAUGACCUCUGCCUCCGAUUCCGGAGGGUGUGGGUUCGAAUCCGGUCCGGGGCAUGCACCUCCAACUUUUCAGUUGUGUGCAUUUUAAGAAAUUAAAUAUCACGUGUCGCAAUCGGUGAAGGAAAACAUCGUGAGAAAACCUGCAUACCAGAGAAUUACCUUAAUUCUCUGCGUGUGUGAAGUCUGCCAAUCCGCAUUGGGCCAGCGUGGUGGACUAUUGGCCUAACCCCUCUCAUUCUGAGAAGAGACUCGAGCUCAGCAGUGAGCCGAAUAUGGGUUGAUGACGAUGAAAAACAAUGUUGAUUAUGCCUUCAGUCCAGUUUUAAAAAGUUUUAGUAAUAAAGACUAAAAAUGCAUUAAAAACGAAACCAGAAUUCAGAUUUUAUUAAAUGAUAUCAUUAAAUAUUACCUAAUCAUUAUUUAUAAAGCCAAAAGAAGGCUGUGAUUUGUAAACUUAUUAUUAGAGAACGUGGAUUGCAGAACGCAGAAUUCAUUCUGUCUGCGGGAGUUAUAAAUAGGAAAAAUCACAAAGAAACAACAGAAAAUUAGAAAAUAUCGAAUAUUGUAAUUUGAAGGGAUUUACCACAUCCAUUUUAUGUAUUAAGUCAACGGGUCAGGUUUUUUAUAGAAUUACUACAUAAUGUAUUCUCAUAAUAUAAGAACUUUAGACUUAUUUUUAUCUAUAUGACGCUAGGUAAUUUAGUCGUAUAAUCAUGGCUGUGUUAGUGUCAAAAUGUUAAUAAAUAAUGGCUUUUAAUGAUGUAUUAAAUAUUGCCGUUUAAGGUGCGGUACUAUGAUAAAUUAAUAGUCGUUUGAAUUUGUAAAGCCUAGAAUUAGAAUAUAUAGCCUCAGUGACUAUACCCCAAAAUGCCUAAAUGAAUUUAUUUACAUUGCAAUCACUAACUGUUCGAUGAAUAAUUUGAGUUGCUACGCAUAUUAUCAAAAAUGCCGUGAUAGCCCAGUGGUUUCGACCUCUGCCUCCGAUUCCGGAAGGAGUAGGUUGGAAUCCGGCCCGGGCAUGCACCUCCAACUUUUUAGUUGUGUGCAUUUUAAGAAAUUAAAUAUCACGUGUCUCAAACGGUGAAGGAAAAACAUCGUGAAGAAACCUGCAUUCCUGAGAAUUUUCAUAUUUCUCUACAUGUGUGAAGUCUUCCAAUCCGUGGUGGACUAUUGGCCUACCACUCUCAUUCUGAGAGGAGACUUAUGCUCAACAGUGAGCCGAAUAUUGAUAAUAAUAAAUGAAUGAUGAUGUAUAUUUUUAAUCAUUUUCUUAUCCUAAAUAAAUAACAGAUGAGGGUAUAUAUUUCUUAUGCUGGAUCUGGAACUGUUAAGGUUUAUAUAAACACACAAACUGUCAUCUUAUUAAAUUCGAAGCAAAAAAGACUUCCCACCAUACACUAACUAUAUUAAAAGCAAAAUCUUCUUAAACUUUUAUAAUGAAUUAAUAGUUUGUUAUAAUAUUUGAUGACAUACGGAUCCGAGACUUGGUCGCUGACUAUGGGCCUUAUUAGAAGGCUCAAAGUCACUCAGCGGGCGAUGGAGCGAGCUAUGCUUGGAGUUUCUCUGCGUGAUCGAAUCAGGAAUGAGGAGAUCCGCAGACGAACCAAAGUCACUGACAUAGCUCAGCGAGUCGCGAAGCUGAAGUGGCAAUGGGCGGGCCACAUAGUUCGGAGAGCCGAUGGACGUUGGGGUCCCAAGGUGCUGGAAUGGCGACCCCGCACCGGAAAGCGCAGUGUUGGGCGACCCCCCACUAGGUGGACCGAGGAUAUCAAGCAGGUUGCAGGGUGCCGCUGGAUGCUGGCGGCUCGAGAUCGUUGUGCUUGGAGGUCCAUGCAAGAGGCCUAUGUCCAGCAGUGGACGUCUAUCGGCUGAUAAGGUAAGGUAAGGUAUAAUAUUUGUAGCGUGAUACCCAGUGAUGUCAUUUUAUUGUGGUAUUUAAUAAAAGUUAUUG